UAGUAAUGGCUUAUACCUUGUUAUAAACAGUUGAUGUUUAUAAAUAGUCUAUAAAUUGCACCGCAGGUUAUGUGACAUAUACAAUAGUCUAAUGGCUUAAAAUAGUAGGAUAUAUGUUCAUACUCAAAUUUGACUGGAAAAUAGGCGAAUGGAAGCAAGUUUGACUGAGGCGCGGGAACAACUGCAGGACUUCCAUGGGAAGGCUUUUUCAGCACCAUGGCGAGCGACCCUCCCUCUUCGUCAUCACCAUGAUUAAUCCAUACAAAACUAAUUCCAUGCUCCGCCCCACUGGCGUGCUAUUGGCUGAUUACAAAUCAAUUUCACAAUUUACCACAGUUGCUCCCCUUGGAUGAAUAGUAGGCUAAUUUACCUCCCACUGGCACUGAAUAAAUAGUAGGCUAAUCUGCCUGGCACCACUCACUGGCUGCCACACAGACGACAAUUCUAGCGUUUGAGACUGACGAGAAGGGCAAGAAGUUUAGUGCAACCCUUCCCUGGUUUGUUAGGGUGCGCAUAGCAUCGACUCCACACGGACUCAAUUUUGAAAGUGUUUUCAGAGAUUUAAGAUGAAUCUGAACUACACAUCCCCCAUGCCUCAGAUGCCAGCCCAGAGGUCAACAUCGUUCUUCAUCGAAGAUAUUUUAUUACACAAACCCAAGCCUCUGAGAGAGGUCUUCCACUCGCCGUUCUCAAACUCUCUGGCGUCCGGAAUGCCUCUCCUAGAAUAUGGAUACCCACUGAUGCCCACUCCGAUACUAGCGCAUCACCCGCACCAUCCUCUACAAAAACUGGACCAUCACCAGUAUUUCUUUACGUCUGGGAUGCAAAUGCCGGCUUUAUUUCAGCAUCAUCCAGAGUUACCCGGCAAGCAUUGCAGACGCAGGAAGGCGAGAACGGUUUUCUCGGAUUCUCAACUAUCUGGUCUUGAAAAGAGAUUUGAGAUACAACGGUACCUAUCCACGCCAGAACGAGUGGAGUUGGCAACAGCGUUAAGUCUCUCGGAAACCCAGGUGAAAACAUGGUUUCAAAACAGAAGGAUGAAGCAUAAAAAGCAACUGAGGAAAACACAAGAUGACCAGAAAAAUCCGAAUGACUUAGAUAGAUCCAUGGAUAACGCAAGUGAGAGUGAACUCAACGAAAAAAAUACAGAUGAUGUUAACAGUGGAAUCGAGCCGAACUCGUACAUUUUGGAAAAUGAGGACGAUGUUGAUAUCGAGGAUGACAUUUGCUCGCCAGAACCUUCACUAUAGAGCAAGUGGCAAGUUGUUUUAAAAACAAAUAACCAUGACCCAUUGUAAAUGUAAAUAUUGAAUUGUGUCUUUUCCAUAUGAAAUUAUAUAUAGCUUUUUUAAACAAAUCAAUGCUAAUAAUAAUGCAAAGUAGUAUUUAUUCAAGGGUAUGCGUAAUAUGUCACUACACAUUCAUUUUAGGCUCUGUCUAUAUUUAUGUUUUCCGUGACUGUAAAAUGCAUCAUAUCAAACAACUGUACAUACAAAAUAUAA